AGGAACUCUGGUGAGUGUAUAUGUGUGUGUGUGUGGAUUUACAUAUACAUGGAUAUUUCUCAAUCUCUAUCACAAUUAGAAUAAUAUAUGCUGCAGCCAAGCAGACUAAAUAGUUGUGUUUUAAUAGUCAAAAUGUGUCUUAAUGAAAGCAUAUGCUGGAACUAUGGAAAAUCACUGGUUUGUCAGAAUCUUGCUCUUUCUGGUUUGCCACGUGAUGUCAUAGCAAGCUAGACUAGUUUGGGUUAAGAAGUAACUUGAUCAUACAAGUGCAACUGUCCAGAAUUUAGCCAGUAGUAUAAUUUUAGCAAGAAAAUUCUCUUCUUUCACCUGUAAAAUGCAUUUUGUUGAAGCCUACCUAAGGGAAAUACAAUGAGAGAGAGAAAGAAAUUACCAACUAAUGGUUAAUUGUGUUGCUUUAUAUCUCAUGUAACCUUUGUAAGCAAUGCGCUUUGGCGGCAGAGCUAUUUGGAUAGCAGGUGGGCUAAACCCUGAGCUUCACUGUUUGAGCUUGUGUCUGGGAUUCUCUGAAGUGUCCUGUUACUUGAAACAAGUGGAAGGAAUCUCUGGUGUCCAUCCACCUAACUGGACAGGGAAGGUUGGGAAAGCAGCUUCAAGAUGGGCUUAAGCAUGGUUGUGGUAGCGUAAUGAGUUUGGAGGUGCAUUAGUCAAUAUGGUGCUAUAAGUAUGCAGUUACAAAAUGUUGGUUUUUUCAGAAGAUAAAAAUGGGUCACCGGAUGAUUCUUAUAUGCAGUGCUUUGAUUGUAAAAUUCAUGGCUGUGGCAGGACAGAACUGUUAACAAUACCAGUGCAAUCAUUUAUGUGGCAGUACUUGUGUUCAAUACUCUCCCUGUCUGGCCUUCUUCAUAUGUGCUAUAUAUUCAAAAUGCAACUCACAACGAGUUGUAUGAUAUGAGAGACUUUUCUGAAGGCUAGAGAACAUUUUUUUUUAAAGAACUUUGCUUUGCUUGAGAGAUUUUUCAGGGCUUGAGGAAACAUGAAGUCUGAUAAACUGAUGAUCACAAGGAGCUUUUGUUUUAAGAGUGGCAAAAGUGUGCAAAUUAUGGAAUCAAGUCAACUAAAUCCAUGCAAACCAAGUACAUUGGAAGAGCAUUCCCUCAUUUCCCCAAACAUUUACGGGCUGGAAAGUCAGCUAACAGGCAUUGAAUGGUUGGGUUCCCCUUCCCCCUCUUGCUGCAGCUGAGGCUUUUUUUUUUGUUCUUCUUUUUAAAAAUAAAGCUAUUUGGAAUAUUAACCCCUAAAGCAAUUGAAAUAUUCUGUAAAUAAUGACUUACGUUGAUCCUGCUUAGAAACAAAUGACAUCUUAAGAACAUUUUAUUAGGAUAAAGCUUAUUCAAAACCAAACAUCCAUAAAAUAGGCAUUGGGCAAUACCUCUUGAGAUUUCUGGUUUCUCUCUUUUUCUUUAAAAGCGCCACCGUCAAAGCUAAACAAUGCCCUGACAUUGCAUUGCUGUGUCUAGAAGGGAAGUAGCUCUCCAUCCACCAAGAAUCCCACAGUAGUUGUGAAAGAGAAGGCUUCCUGCUGCAGCAUAUCACCCUUUGUCAACCUGCCAGGAGUGGAAUGUACCAAAUUCCAGACAGAAAAGAGUAAGGGGGAGGGGGGGGGGAAAUCUGUGUAAACCGAGAAACCGGCUCAGUCUUCUUCUUUUUUCUUUUCUUUUUUAAAUAAAUAAGAUCAGGUGCCGAUCAUUAGUGCCUGUAUUUUCUGAAAUGACAAUUGUUAUAAGAUUAACAAUGAAUAACAAAAAUGAUGAAAUAGGAGUGGUCCAGUGACAUUAUUUUUGACAUGAUUGGCUGGGGAUUAUGAUGUAAUAGGUUACAGUGCAGCCCCUUGGAGGUUUUAAAAUGAAUUCCAAGACACCAUUACAAAAAGAUCCUGACUGUUUCGUUUUAACUGAGCUUUCUUGCUGAAAGUCACACAAAUGUACAACACAGUCUGGAACAUGGAAGAGGUGGACCUAGAGUACCCUAGGACAGAUGUAAAUUGUGGCACAGACUUGAUUUUUUACAUAGAAAUGGAUCCACCAGCAUUGCCUCCAAAGCCUACAAAACCUAACACUGUAACAAAUAACGGUAUGAAUAAUAACAUGUCUUUGCAAGAUGCUGAAUGGUACUGGGGAGAUAUUUCAAGGGAAGAAGUCAAUGAGAAACUUCGUGACACUGCUGAUGGUACAUUUCUGGUACGAGAUGCCUCCACCAAAAUGCAUGGUGACUACACUCUCACACUAAGGAAAGGAGGAAAUAAUAAAUUGAUAAAAAUCUUUCAUCGAGAUGGGAAAUACGGUUUUUCAGAUCCAUUAACAUUCAAUUCUGUGGUUGAGCUAAUAAACCACUAUCGAAAUGAAUCUUUAGCUCAAUAUAAUCCAAAACUGGAUGUAAAAUUACUUUAUCCAGUAUCCAAAUAUCAACAGGAUCAAGUAGUUAAAGAAGAUAGUAUUGAAGCUGUUGGAAAGAAAUUACAUGAAUAUAAUAUUCAGUUCCAAGAAAAGAACAGAGAAUAUGACAGACUCUAUGAAGAUUAUACAAGAACAUCUCAGGAAAUUCAAAUGAAAAGAACUGCUAUUGAAGCAUUUAAUGAAACCAUAAAAAUAUUUGAAGAACAGUGCCAAACGCAAGAAAGAUACAGCAAGGAAUAUAUUGAAAAGUUCAAACGGGAAGGAAAUGAAAAAGAAAUACAAAGAAUCAUGCACAACUAUGAAAAGCUUAAAUCUCGAAUAAGUGAAAUUGUGGACAGUCGACAUAGACUUGAAGAAGAUCUAAAGAAGCAGGCUGCAGAAUACAGAGAAAUAGACAAACGCAUGAACAGCAUUAAGCCAGACCUUAUACAGCUCCGAAAAACUAGAGAUCAGUACUUGAUGUGGCUGACACAGAAAGGUGUUCGGCAAAAGAAACUGAAUGAAUGGCUUGGCAAUGAAAAUUCAGAAGACCAAUACUCUAUAGUAGAAGAUGAUGAAGAUUUGCCCCAUCAUGAUGAACGCACAUGGAAUGUUGGAAAUAUCAACAGAAGCCAAGCUGAAAAUUUAUUACGUGGGAAACGAGAUGGAACAUUCCUCGUUAGGGAAAGCAGCAAGCAGGGUUGCUAUGCCUGUUCUGUUGUUGUGGACAGUGAAGUGAAGCAUUGCGUAAUCAACAAAACACCUACUGGGUAUGGAUUUGCAGAGCCAUAUAACUUGUACAACACGCUGAAAGAACUGGUGCUACAUUAUCAGCAUACUUCAUUAGUGCAGCACAAUGACUCUCUCAAUGUCACAUUAGCCUAUCCAGUAUAUGCACAGCAGAGGCGAUGAAGAUGUUAAUCCUUUGGGGUUAUCUCUUUUUAUUAAAUACCCACAAAAGUUAAUUCGGCAGUCUUGAGGCUUCUGGGUAAAGAAGGCUUUUGAGUUGGAGCUAAGGUGUCAUGGCCUUCAGAUGGAACUGAAGCUUUCUUCACAACUGCAGCGGGAGAGGUCACGGUUGAGAGCUAUGGACACACACUUCUAAUCUAAAGUGCUUUAAAAAAAAACUAAGCAAAAGUAAAAAUGCAGCGAAAGAGAGAGAAAUGCUACACCUGUCUCCCUGCAGGGACAUAGUGGCCUUUAAUCAUGGUGCUUGUUGACCAUCCCUUUGAAGCUUUAUGGGCUCUAAAGUUGGAACUUUGAAGACCCCAACGUGCAGCGGGGGGCCAGCGCAAAAUGGCGGCAGAAAUUUCUCAGUCAUGACGUAGAAGAUGCGGUGUUCAGUGUGCAGUGGAUGCAGUUGCCGGCAUUGUGGAUUGCUGAUUUUCUGGUGAAUGAUAUGUAGCAGAACGGCACUUUCAAUUUUAAGGGACACUUUAAGACUCUGACAGGGUGUUGGUUGGAGAAAUGAACGUGGUAAUAGAAGUGCCAGGAAGUGUUUUUGUUUAGACAUUUAAAAUCUUGUUUUAAGAUAUUUAAGACUGAAGAGGACUGGACUUUUAUGACAAGCAGUAUAUAGUAUGUACAUAGUUCGGGAUGACUAACUAUCAUAGAUGGAUACUAUCAGAACCAACUCAUUCAUUUUUUGUUUGGAUUCCCCCCUCCCCAAAAUCCAAAUCCUUACACUGCUAUGCAAUACUUCAUUUUCUAUAGGCUAUAUUUGUUUCAUAUGUAACUAAAGAAUAAGCUGUUUCUAUUUUUUUUCUUAUGUCAUCUCAACAUGUUUUCAUAGCUCAUAUUUUUUUUGUGUGUUUUCAUGUUGUCCUCUUUCCCUCCCCCCUUUUUCUAAAUAAAUGUACAGGAUAUUGGAAAAAGUUGGCUUCAGAAUUAAAACUAUGAACUUUAACAGGGUUUUUUCCCUUUUUUGUAGCAUAUUGAGCUGCUAGCUCAAAGUUACAAUUCAAGAUUAAUUUCUCAGUUAAAUAUUUUGUUGGGCAGUGCCUGAUAAGCUUAAAAGCUGCUUUAUUCAAUAAAAAUAAAUGACUAUUGCAAAAAUAUCACUUGAGUCCAACAAUAUUGUUUUAAAAUAUCUUCACAUAAUGGUAUCCACUAUAUUUUAUUUAGUUUUUAGAUUAUUAUCUUGAUUGUGUUUUAUUGGAAAGAAAUUCUACUUUGAAUGUUGCAGAUAAGCAGGUGAAAAACAUUGACUACUAAAGUACCAAAUUUAAUUCUUCAGAGUUAUUUGUCAUAUGUAAUUUUGAACAACCAGUUUAGAUACUGCAUCAAGAUACAUUUUGCAUCCCAUGGAAGAAUUGUUUUUCAGCUACUGUUUAAAAAUAUACAAUUAGGUAUACAUUUGGCUUUUAUAUUUCAUACUUUUCUGAGUAACAGAAUCAAAAUAAAUUUAGGAAGCUUUAUGAUACUUACCUCCCAGAAUCAAUUUCUGUUGACAUUUUAAAUGUAGGGGAGGAAAUUAAAAAGUCACCCUAAAGAACAAAUAUAUCAGGUAACCAUGUAAUCAAGUUAAUGAAAAAAAUAUAAACCUCAGUGUCACAGUAUUUAACCAAAUUCUACAUUUCUUGACCAACAAUAAAAAUCAUAUAGUUUCACAUAUUAAUAUUAAGGAACUCUGGAAGUCAUUUAUAUAGCGAAUAAGCAAAAAGAAAGCAGAUUUUAUAGAAGAUCUCUUUAUGAUUUCAACCCCAUAGGCAAUCUGUGCUUCUAAAGAGGCACUGAAGAUUAUUCUAGAUGCAUUUUUAUUGUUUGGUAACACUAUGAAUAAAUUAACUUAAGUCUUAUUUUUAUUCACCCAUAUAUGUUAUAUUGGAAACAUUUGUUUAGAACUUAAUAACUUUGCUUUCUUGAGAAAUAAGCAGACGUGAGAUUAAAAGCCAAUGGGGGUUUUACAAGCACUGGAGAGCCCAGUAGAGUUUUGUUUGUGGGCUGCAAAGCAGUUGUCUCCUGGUGUUUAGUCUCACUAAAAUCAAUGGAAUUACUCCCAAAAUCUACUCCAAAGGAAGUUGACUGGAAAUUGCUUUUUUUUUUUAUCACGGAGCAAAGAUUAAGCCAAAUGUAUGCCAAUUUUAAUCAGUUUGUUUAUUCUUCCCACUAGAUUUUUCAAGAGGAAGAAAUCUGUAUUUUGCUCUUGAUUAUUCUUGAAGGGCAAAUUAUGACCAGUCACUGAAUAGCAAGUAAUUUACUAACAUGCACUUUGUGUGUGAGAGAGACAGAGAGAUUGAUGUGCAUCAGGGGGUCCUACACCUGAUUUGUCAUCAUCUAAUUGGCUUUAUCAGUUCCGAUUACCUCUAGGACCCUUUGAUGGGGAAUAGAUGGGGCCUAGCUUCUGUCCUCCCACAUUAAAACAAAAGCCAGCUGAUCAGCAGUAUUUCAUUUACCAUUUUAGUGCUGUGCAUUGUUGGUGUUCUUCUAUUGAGAAUCAUACAGGCAGCCUCUCAGGAGCUAGGUUGAAUAUAGUGAUCAAGCCUUGAGACCUGCGUGCACAGUUAAUAUAUGGUUACCAAUCCAACAUUUGGUGCAUACACAAAAUCAUUGUGUGUGUGCAUGUCCCUCUCUAGGAUGCAGAGAGACAAACCCAAAACUUCUGAGCUACAACAAUAAAAUUACAGGGCUUCUGAAAAAUGAACUACCAUGUUUAUACCACGAAUACAGCUGCUUCAGACAAAACAAGUUAUGGAUUCUGUAACUUGAGGCUUAGUUUUGUGGUUUUGAUGUACUUUUGUAUAUGUGUUUGUGAAAGAGAGAGUGUGUAUAAAUGGGCCAUGUUCUGAUUGCAUUUUUCAGUGAAUCUAAAUGGCGUAGUGAAACUUUUCUCCAAAUUUCCCAAGUCUCUAAAUAGCCUGGAAGGAAUUAACGUUGACAGGGUCUUUCAAGGCUUAGUUAUUAUUAUUCGUGUUAACAAUUACUCUUAAGAAUUCUGUAAUCUUUUUCAUGUUAAAUGAAAUAAAAAUCAUUGGAAAUUUUAAUUCAAUUCAGAAAAUUAAAAUUUAAUUUUAUAAAUGAUACUUGAAUAAAGAGAAAGUUUGCUGUACAUGCAAUUCUCGUAUUAAAGUCAACAUAUUUUAACUUUUAUUGAAAAGAAACAUGCAAACUGAUAUCUCUUCAAACUAAAGCUUCACUAAUAAAAAAAAUAUGGAUGGUGUAUGGAUAUAUGCAGGCUAGACUGGGUAAUAAAAGAAAAAAUUCCCAGUAGCAAACUAAUCUGAUAAAUGUCCAAAUUAUUGUCAAGAAAGUUAUAUAUGGCUGUUUCCAGAAAAUCACCAAGGUUUCAUUGGAGACUUGACCUUAUCUUAUUUGAAAGGUAUAUGGAGCUUGGAAAAGAUCAUGUUUCUAGAAUUUGUUUUAAUGUGUAAAGCCAAAUCUUAUGUUUCAGUGUCAGCUGUUAUGUAGAAAAAGUUGCUUUGUCUUGUAGUUAACAAUGAGCUAUGAUGCUUGGGGGGAAAGUAUCAUUGUGAUGUUUUUCACUGGGGAGAACAUCAGUUAGAUUUAACACAGUGCUUUUGCUAUGCAUGGUAUUCAUUUGAGAAAGCAAUUCCAGUUGUGACUUUUAUUCAGGAUUGCUUUUGAAAUGGGCAAUUCCAAGCACAAUGCCUCCCAUGGGACAUGGCUCAAAAUAUAAUAUUUUUAGUUUUUGUACAAAACAAUUUUAGUAAAAACUGAUGAAAACAGGUCACAUACAAAAUUAGGGAAGAGCUACAGUGCCAUUUGUCCCUAUGAGACUGCAUUAGCUGCCCAAAAUGCUGCUAUUUUUACUCUUAGUUUCUCCCCCUUAAAAAAAUAAGCUCUAUUUUGUUAAAUGUCUUUAAAACAUUAAAAACAUUUCUAUUUUUUUUUUAGGGAGGCAGAGGCUAAAUGGAUGUUGCACGUUGUCUUUAAAAGGCAAUAUUAACAAAUGCGCCUCCUUAAAAAAUGUUGUUGGCUUUCUGAAAUUGAUGGAGCUGUGUCCUGUUCUUAAGUUGCUUUAAAAAUUGUACUAGGUCUUCAACAUGAAUAAAGAUUGUUUUGAAACUGCA